UGGGUCGUAGCCGCAGGCUUUGCUAAGACUCGCUCGCGUGGGCUGCCCGCGGCGGGCCCGCAGUGGCCGCGGCGGCAUGAAGGGCGCUCUGGGGAGUCCCGUGGCCGCGGCCGCCGCCGGCUCCGCGAUGCAGGAGAGUUUCGGCUGCGUAGUGGCCAACCGCUUCCACCAGCUGCUGGACGACGAGUCGGACCCGUUCGACAUCCUGCGCGAGGCCGAGCGCCGGCGCCAGCAGCAGCUGCAGCGCAAGAGGCGCGACGAGGCGGCGGCGGCGGCGGCUGGGGCCAGCAGCCGCGGCGGCAGAAGCCCGGCCGGGGCCUCAGGCUACAGACCCGGCGCGGGCGGCUGCCGGAGGGAGUCCCAGAAGGAGCGCAAGAGCCUCCCGGCUCCCGGCGCGCAGCAGCCGGACAGCCCCGGGGGCGGCCCGCAGCCGCCCGGCCAGAAGCGAACUCCCAGAAGAGGGGAGCAGCAAGGAUGGAAUGAUACCCGGGGCACAGAGGUGACACUUGAUAGAGCCGAGCGGAGAUCCUACAGGGAAUAUCGACCCUAUGAGACUGAGAGGCAGGCAGACUUUACAGCUGAGAAGUUCACAGAUGAAAAGCCAGUCGAUAGGUUCGAUCGAGACAGGCCACUGAGAGGACGUGGAGGCCCCAGAGGGGGGAUGCGAAGCAGAGGCAGAGGUGGUCCAGGGAACAGAGCUUUUGACACUUUUGACUACAGAGGAAAACGAGACUUUGAAAGAUAUGGUGGGACUGAUAAAAUAGCAAUCAGAACCGAAGACAACAUGGGUGGAUGUGGAGUUCGUACCUGGGGAUCAGGUAAAGAUACCAGUGACAUGGAGCAGACUGCACCCAUGGAGGAGUCCACAGCGAUGGAGGAGUCCCAGGGCACCCUGGAAGAGGAAUCUCCAGCCAAAGUUCCUGACUUGGAGGUAGAAGAAGAAACUCAAGUUCAAGAGAUGACCUUAGAUGAGUGGAAAAAUCUUCAAGAACAGACCAGACCAAAGCCUGAGUUUAACAUCCGGAAACCAGAAUCUACUGUUCCUUCCAAAGCAGUGGUGAUUCACAAGUCAAAAUACAGAGAUGACAUGGUAAAGGAUGACUAUGAAGAUGAUUCCCACGUCUUCCGGAAAGCCACCAAUGACAUCACAUCCCAGUUGGAGAUUAAUUUUGGUAACCUCCCUCGUCCCGGGCGUGGAGCCAGAGGUGGCACCCGGGGAGGCCGGGGAAGGAUCAGAAGGGCAGAGAACUAUGGACCCAGAGCAGAAGUGGUGAUACAAGACGUUGCUCCCAACCCAGAUGACCCUGACCACUUUCCUGCUCUGGCAUGAGAGGGCCGAGCCCUGUUUCCCUGGCGACCGAGCAGGGUCCGCGUACCUGUGAAGAGACUUUUCUUGCUGUGGGAAGAGAGUCAGACUCUAAGAACAAUAGAUGUUGCUUUUCCCUGUCGUGUGAAUUUGUUGCACUUUUUUGGUCUGAGGGGAGUGGGCUAGAGGAGCUUCUCCAGAGGCUCGCGCAGGCACUUCCUGCCAGGGGGUCAGGUCAGCCCUUUCCCAGGAAGGUGCGGAAUGGUGGCUGU